AAAUGUUUCAGUUCAUUGUAAUUUCGGUAGCUGCUGUAAACUUCUUUUGGACGUAAUUGGUUUUGUUUUGAAAAUGAUAGCAUUGUGACCUGCCCUGUUGUGCAAUGGAGCUAGUAGAUAUUCCCCUGGCAAACUAUAUGAGCCCCAGUUUUGGGGCCAACCCGGUGCAGCUGGGUCCUGUGGGCGCGAACACGAUCGCCGAGACGGAGGAGAUAGAGCAAAUCGAACAGCUUCUCCUGCUAGGCAACAAGUGCCUGGAUGAAAACAACGUGCAAUCAGCUAUCAAGCUUUUCUCGGAAGCUCUGGAAAUUGAUAGCUUCAAUGCGAGCUUGUUAACGGCACGAGCUAAUGCGUUCGUCCUGAACGAGCAGUUCGAAAAAGCUCUGAUAGAUGCAAAUGCACUGCUGAAUACAUUCAAUAACGAGAAGGAAGUGCAGCUGCAGGCUCUGUUGCUCAUUGCGAAUAUACACAGGGCGCAAGGGGACAACGAGACAGCGCUGGAGUUUGCACUGAAGCUCCUACUGAUGGAGCCAGAAGAGUUGCAGACGAAGGUUGAACAGUCCGUCUUCGAGAUAUGUCGAGAACUUUUGAACAUUGAACAGUCUGAGGGCUUCGAAGUUGGUGUGUCUGUUUUCGAACAGAUGCAGCACUACGCCAAUCUUUUGUUUUCUGGACAGAAGUUCGCACCGGCUCAAAGUUUGAUCGAGUGUCUGAUCCAUCUUGAGAGUUCAGUUCCCCAAGAUGUUCUCACCCGAGCAUUGCUGACGGGUGCUCGAAUAAUGUGGGAGCAGCGUAAUUUAGAGCGGGCAGUAGCAACGUACCAUGAGUGCAUCAUUAGAGCGUGGAGAUUGCAACUAGUGUCUGUAGAAUCAGAGGCCAGGUACGAAUUAGGCACAAUCUAUUUCAACAUGAAACAGUUCUUCCAGGCGGCAUCCUCUUUUGAGAAAUACCUCUGUCUGUUGGAACUACGCUUGCCCGGUCCAAAUGAUACGACGCGGGUUGUUGAAAAGAACCUGGAUGUGAUUGCUAAAAAGGUAGAUGCUCUAUGUGCCAUAAGCGAGUGUUUUCUAGAACUUCAGGAAAUGGAUUUGGCGGAAUCGAAUGCAAGAGCUCUUCAAGUCCUGGCCGCUGAGGUUGAAAAUGAAACAGACGACCCAGAGCCGACAGCUGAGAAAGUACAAGGUACCAGUCGAGAAAUUACAUGUCGACAAUGUUACCUGUUGUGUCGAAUUAUGAAGAAAAAACGAAAUUUUUGCGAGGCGCAAAAAUAUGCUCAUACGUUUUUGGAACUAUCGAAACGGAGCCAGUAUAAACUCCACGAAUCCUUAUUGAUUUGCGGUUCCAUCGAGCGAAAGUUGGAGAAUUUUGCAGUAUCGUUGGAGCAUUUCAAUGAUUUGCUUAGUCUUUGUCUGAACGAAGUGCAGAAUGCUACGAAACAACACAGUGCUGCCUUGGAAAGACUUUGCACAACUCUUUACAAAUUGGGCAAACUGAAUUUCGAAAUUAAAGAUUUCACUUCUGCCGCCAAAUAUCUGGAAGAUUGUGUGAAGCAAAGUAAGAAGGUGGGAGAAAACCGCGACUUAGAAUGCAAGGCGCUCAUUUUGUUAGCCAAGUGCAAUUUAGCUCAAGGGCAUCCCGCAGAAGCCAUUCAUAGCCUGAAUGUGGGACUUGCGAUGCAAAAAUCCAUAUCGGCAGCUAUCUAUAGGCGUUGCAUGGUUAAAUCAGCAGUUGCUGUUCAAAGUGUUGGCUCUAAGAGCGAGUUAGAGGGUGCAAGGUCGCUGCUAGAGGAAGUCAUCGGAGACUUCGAACAGGAGGCGCUGCAUGUUUUCGCGCGUGAUUCGCACUUCAACAACAAAGAGUACAGAGUGCUGGAGGAAGUAUCCAAUGCGUAUGUUAACAUUCUGGUAAAGUUGAGUCACUUGCAGGCUGCUCUAUUAGCCUGUGAAUCAUUCCGAAGGUUUAAAUUAUGUGCCUACUUCUCACAGCGAUCGGAGUUAGCGGGAAGAAAUUGUGAGAAUUAUCGAAAAAUUCUGCAGAAUAAAGUAACAUUGGAGUACUUCCAGGCAUGUGUGGAUGAACAGGAAAGCCCUAUUUUGUAUUUCCACCUGUCAGAAGAAGCUUUGUUCAUUUGGUUGCUCAGCUCUGCGAAGGGAGUCCAAAGUUUUCACAAGCACACAAAGGAAUCUUCGGAGAGUUCGAUGUACGAAAUGCUAGAGAUGUUUUACCAUUCGCUCGCUAGUCGCAAUUCGGGAUUGUAUGGAUUCGAAAACCGGAUCAUUCUGAAUAGCAAGUCGCUCGUCAAAAUACUGCCAAAGAUGGACUCAGAUGAAAUUGAAGCGAGAAUUGAGAAGGAUGUUUGUCACUAUAUCUUUGAUCCAAUGAAGAAGGAACUGAAAAAGCUGCAAUCGGCACGUAAAUUGUUCUUCAUAAGCAAUGGUUUGCUGGGAAUGGCUCCUUUCCAGGAAAUGUUCCGCAAGUUCUGGCAGCAAAAUAUCACCUUAGAAUGUCCUACCACUGAGUCAUUCACUAGUGUCCAAAUGAUGCAUUGGGCGAAUUACUCGGCAGACAACAAAGAACACGAGACGCCUUUCAAUGCCGCUCUGAUGCAAGCCGACAACAGAAGUAAGAAGGACUCUCAAGAGGAAAGGCAGAGGAAGAUGGAUGAAUCGGUUAGUGUUUCGCGCUCAGGAACUGCCGCUAAUUUGCUCGGCUGGACCAAUUUGUCGGAAGGGUUAAACGCUGGCUUGAAAGAAGUGCCCUCUCUUCAGUACAAGCGACAGAUAGAAAGUGCCAGUGGAGACAAAGCAGAUUUGAGCUCAAUGUACAAGGGUAUCAACCCUGCCCUGGACAAGUUAGGCUAUGACCAGGUUGCGUUGGACAGGUUAUCCUACGGCCUGGACAAUGAGUCCCUGAAAACAGACGCAAGCAGUGUGAAGUACGGAGCAGGAGCUAGCUUGAGCAGUGGGAAGGGACAGCGUCGAGGAACUGUGGUGAAGCUUGACACUGAAGCUACUCGGAACAAUUUGAAGGGCAACGAUAAAAGUAACAGUAGUCCAAUGUCGAAUCACCAGCACUCUGACAAUCUGUCUGCAAUAAGUCAGCUCUCGUCAGCUGACUCUAAACAAAAUGACAGACUGAAGACUUAUCGCAGAAUUGAGCAGAGCUUCUCGACAAUCAUUUCGAAAACUUGGAACGAGAAACACGUGCGUAGCUCAAGCAUUGCAGUUGAGACAUACUCGCCCGCUAUAGAGAACAAAUUGUUUCGAUUUAUUGGAGCACCUGUCAUGCCGACGUCCGUCAAAUUCCCCAUGUUCACCUGGAAGCCUUUGAAGAAUCUGCGAUUCGCACAAGAGGAGCUCAAAGUGUGCUCUCACUACUUUCGAGACACUGCGCUGAUGGGCGAGCAGUGCACUAAGGAUGAUGCUCUGCGUGCGAUAGUGCAAAGCACCUGUUUGCAUGUGGCAACUCACAUGAGCUACGAAUCGUGCACUCUGGCAUUUACUCCGAAUGUUUUGUACCAACAAAUGAAAAGUGUGGAUCACGAAGUGUGCUGUGUUGAGUUGCGCGAUCUUCUCGAUCUCAAUUUGAGUCACAUUAAGUUACUCGUUCUCAGCUCAUUCCCGACUCAGAGACACGAACACUACUCCAGUUUCUUCAAUCUCAUCACCCUCAUGUUGGCACUGGGUGUCCAAUGUGUAGUGUACUCGUCCCACGCUAUUGCCACUGAUUCGGUCACCAAGUUCUGGCAUUAUUUCUACAGAGCAAUUCGUAAAAUUGACCCAAAAUGCCAUAUCAGUGCGGCGCUUGACUAUGCAAAAGCUCACAUGCAAAAAGACCCCAAAUAUGCAAGUCCAGAGCAUUGGAAGGGAAUGCAAUUUGCUGGAAAGGACGUUGCAAUUGACGGUAAAGCGAUGAUUCACGAUAUGUUGGAUCAAGUGGUUGACCAAAUGGAAAAAACAAAUGCCGACGAUUGUCUGAAUGUAGUGAACGAUAAGUCUCAAGGUAUGCCCUUGUUAAAUACGCAGCAAAGUCUUCAACAGUUGAGGCGUCAUUUGGCUGAACUGAUAAUGGACAAUAUGUCACAGUUAGAUGUGCUAGAUCCUUUAUUCUAUCUGGUGUUGCGUGGACUUGACGCUUCUAUUCAGGGUGUUCAAAACAUUGACUUGCAGAGAAUAGAAGACUAUCGAUUGAUUGGAAACAAAAAGAUUCUCCUAUUUCUACAUUUUCUGCGGUUCGACUUCCAACCGUACGGAUCUACAGAUGACAAGGAGGAUAAUUUGCGUCCAAUUAUUGUUUUCCCGCACUGGGACAAAAACUCACUGCUUAAACCAGCGUGCGAGGUUCUGAGAAACUUGAUUCUGAUUCGUGACAAUGAGAAGAUUCUAGAAGAGCUUUGCGCUGUUCUGACUUUCGACUCAGCUAAUUGCAAUGAUGUCGUCAUGGACGAGACCAACGCGAGUAGUAGUUUGAACCCAGUUGACCUUGUGUCAUUGGUGAUUGACGUUCUGAGUCUGUCAGAGCAUGCUCCCGACGUAGAGAUGUUCAUUUCGGAUGGAGGUGUGAGGAAAGUGUGGCAAUGUGCUGCUUCCAGGAGGCUUCUCACUGCUAUUGGGUUCCAUCAAGUGGAUUUUGCUCUGCUGCCUUAUAGGAAUCUGGCCAAUAUUCGAUAUCAGCAAAGCGUGCUGAAAAUUUUGUGCGCGUUAUCGGGAGUAAAGGGAGAAGCGAUGGUGGGAAGAGUGGAUGCGAAGUACUUCGGCUCAACAGAAGCGAUGAGACCGACUGGUGUGAACAUGGAACACAUCAUACGCACUACCAGUGCCUUGAGCAAUGUGGAAGAAGACAAACAAGCUGCAGCUGGCACAGUUGGAGGGGCAAGGGGGGCGGUUGGCGAGGAAACAGCGGGUACUGUGCUGUCCGAUUUGUCAGUGUGGGGUCCGACAGGGAAUGUGGUCGUGCCUGUUCAGUGGAGAGUGAGUCAUAAGGGGAUGGGGGAGGCGGAGGCGGCUGAACUGGCGAGGGAGUUGAGGAGUGUGAAGAUGAACUACAGGGAACAGCUGCAUAAUGUGCUCAAACAGCACAAAGCUCAGCUGCAGUCUCAUGCGAAUAGACACAUGGCUGAGUCAUUUGGGGUGCAGGCAGUGAGAGCUACAACAUCAUCAUCAGCAGCAGCAGCCUUGAAGAAGAUCAAAGUGGAGUCAGGGGGCACUCCGAGCACCACCCUCAGACCCCAGAUAGAACCCCAGCCCCACUCAAUCCCCACUCUCGACCAGGUUGCGGCUGAGCGAGAAUACAGUCACUACUUGAUGAAGUGGAGAGUGGAAGACGUAAGAGGUCACAUGGACAACGACCUCAGAUCUCUACUUGUGCACAAGUGCAACAACAAACUCUAACCUGUGCAGAAAACUAAGAAAACCAAUCAAAUCCCCCCACAUCUCAAGCUCUAUUAGUUCAUUUCUGAAAAAUCUCAAUUUGUAGAUAUUUGCUGUAUCAUAAACCCCACACCUGUAAGUAAUGUACAUUCUGAAUGAAUAUAAAUAUUCUUUGAUCAA